AUCGAGCAAGCGCAAGAGGGAGAAAGCCAAAGAGAGCGCACAGGAGAGCCACAAAAAGUAGCUAGAGCCGAGAGAGUCGCAGGAGGAAGAGGGAGAAUGCGCGGUGUCUGGGCAACACUUCCUCGCUUAUAUCCAGGGCCUUUGUGAACACACCAUGGGAUGCAUCGGCUCCAGGACACUGACGGGAGACGGCGUACCUGUCCAGAAGGAUGGGGAGCAGCAUGGACGUUCAGAAUUUUCAUGGGAGGGAAUCAAUCUGUCUAUGGAAGACACCACGUCAAUCCUGCCUCGGCUCAAGAGGAACUCAAAUGCCUACGGCAUCGGGGCUCUGGCUAAGUCUUCUCUGUCAGGUGUGUCAGGUGUGAGCCGCACCAUGAAGGAGAGAGUGACCAAGCCCACGGCCAUGGCCCAGGGUCGCGUAGCUCACAUGAUUGAGUGGCAAAACUGGAGCAUGACCACGGUGGGUGCGGGUGGCGUCCCGCUGCCCCGCAUCACCACCCAGGAGCGGGAGAAGGAGCGGCGGCUGGAGAACGACGCCUACAGUGACCUGAGCGAAACGGAGAAGGAGGCUCGCUUCACUGCAGGUAUCCUGCAGCAGUUUGCGAUCUCGGAGGCGACGCUCCUGGCCUGGACGUCGAUGGACGGGGAGAGCCCGCGGUCGGGCUCAAACCAAGGCAGCAUGGCUCACCUGAGUGAGCUCAACCAGGAGAGCAUCAACAGCCGAGACCAGAUGUUGCACCACUCCUCAGCAGAGGUGUGGCCGAACACAUACGUCGCCCAGGGCCACUACUGCCUCUCUUCCUCCGAUGCCUGGGAGCCGAUCAACAACGAUCCGUCAGUCGUGACGUCUCCCCCCGUCGGCUCCUACGUCACGGGGACCGACGGGUAUGACGGGCAGACUCGGUUCCUGUCGCAGCAGCAGCAGGAGCAGCAGUUGACUCUCCAGCAGCAGAAUCAACUGCAACAGCUGCAGCAGAUCCAACAGAUCCAGCACUACCAGCAACAGCAGCUCCUGCAGUAUCAGCAGCAACAGUCGCUGGAGCACAGGCUGCAUAGUGCCAACCACUCUUUGCAAGCGACGCCCAACAGCACCAUCCACAGCCUGGUCCAUUCCGCUCACCCACCACUGGUCGAUUUGUGGAACACGGGGCAGAUGGAGGCCUAUCAGACGGACGCCGGCGCCUACAUCGGUGUGGCGGCGGUGGUGGAGCCGAGCCUCUGUGUUCCCUCUGCAGAAGAUAUGGGAACAGAGCACUCUCCACUACUGGAGAAGCAGGAGGAAGAGGAGUUAAAGGAGGAUGAGAUGACACUGUGCAUGGAGCCAGAGUUGGCCUCGCUGACUCCGCCCACGCAACAAGGAGAUGCCUCUGGCGGGAGUAGUCCGGGGCAACCGCCGGCAGAACCAAUCACAGAGCGGAAGUCCUCCGAUGUCCCCUCCAACCUCGUUCAGACGCUAGAGGACAAGGAACCGGCGGAGGGGCAGGGUCCUGCCGCUUCCAUGGCAACCAACUGAGUACCUGGGUGCCAAUAGACAUUACAAACUGACAAGAGAGGCGGCCAGGAAUGAACGUAAUAAUACAAUAUAUAUACAUAUAUAUAUAUUAAUCUGUUACUUUUCAGGUAUCACAAACCCAACUUUUUGGUUGCGAGAGGAAUUGGUGAGGAUUCGAUUUGGAGAUGGACACGCAAUGAGACAAAAACUAAUGCAAAUAAAGGACAUUUAUUUAUUUUUAAGCCUUACAUCCCAAAGUCACAAGGGAAGGGAGGAGUGAGGACAGAGAAACUGAAGAGGAGAGGGAGGAGAAGGAAUGGAAGCACUUACUGACCGAGACGUUUCCACAAGUGAAAGGAAACCACGUUGAGGUGAAGAGGAUGGGAAAGGAAACGUGCAUGCUUUUUACAAAGACUAGUAACAUGACCCUGUCAUCGCUUACAAUAAUAAUGAAAACCUACCAUAAUAAAACAUUAUAAUAAGAAUAAUUUUGUAAUAAAGAAAAAAAAGAACAAGCAUAUGUAUAACUGUAUGAUGCGAUAUCACAGUUUUCCAAUGGGAGAACAACUCUGUUUACAGCUGUUACUCAACAUAUUAGAUAGAGUUUAAUUAAAUUAUUUUCCCCGUUGCAUCAAACACAUACGGUAUGUUUAAAAAAUGGCAACCCAAACAAUUUCACAUUAUUCUAAGAAGAAAACGUUGGUAUUUUGAGUGGAAUACAGAUGCACCCUCUAAAAACACACACUUCUAUAAUGUUUGUGGCACCAAGAUGCCCGAGGCACAACCCAGGGACAGGCCUGUCCCGCUGACUGCACACACCAAACUGCACCGAUAAGGAUUGUACUGUAAGACAGUGUGCUUCCUACGGCCUCUCUGUAUGCAUGUUUCUUCAGAUCACUAUGGAGUACCUGCACUACACAGCACCGUAUAGACUUUGCACUUAACCAUAGAACCCCAAGCGGGGGCCACGAUGGGCCCCGCGGCCAGUUUCAUGACGGAGAAAUAAAGACAAAGCUGCAGAAGCAAAUUCUCUUUUUGCACUGAUGCAAUCCAACAGAUCGGAGGUUGCCUUUGGACUGUCCCACUCGGACACCCAAAACCGAGCCACCCGACAACACGAACCCUAAGCCGCUUCUUUUUCCCUAGAAGUACGUGGUGGAGGAGGAUAACCACUAUUUGAAUGUACUGGAAGUAACACGGCCGUACAUGAGCGUUUGUGACCUUUUGAUGUCUCAUCGCGGUCCACAUGGGAGAGAGUCUUUCUUAAGAAACAAACAAGUCUUUCAAACGUGUGGGAGGAUGCUGUUGAAAACGGAUUCACUGCUGUCUACACCACCACGGACACAUGCGGACACACAUACACGGACACACACACACACACAAAUAUCUAAAUUGUAACCAGCAAUAGACGGGCAAACCACUGGCUGCCCAACAAACCAGUGUCAGCUCUGUCGUAUAGAUGUAAAUAGUCUGAGUACAUAAAAAUCGCCUCUCAAUCACAGUCACAGCUAUUCUAGUGCAGUAUGAGUUCCUGUUUUUUUUACACCUCUCAGUCCCAUUUUACUUUGGGAUCAAGCUUAAGAUUUAGGACUGAAUUGAGUUUUUCUAACCACUACACAAAGACAAAUGAAAAGGAGGAAUGUUUGCGUUGUAAACAGAGCGAGUCCAUCGGUCGGGGGAAUCAGAGACGGACCCAGUUCACAGGAGGAAAUUACAGCCGGUGUGCUGCUCAAUCAGCCAAUCAGGGAAUAGAACGGAAGACUUAGAUUGACGACUUGUGCCGUACAGAUCGGUGUCUUCCUGCUCAUUGUGAUUACUGUGAAGCAGCUGCCUGGAGCAUGAUAGUGAUUCUAUUGAUGUUCAAGGAAUCGUGUUGUCAUUUGAUUUUUCUUUUUCUCUCUUUCACCUGAGUAAGAAUGGAUUUUUUCCAGCGAGGAAGUUAAAAAGAAAGCGAGGACCUUGCAUGUCACCCUUGAUGAACUAUACAAGCAACACACCACUGAUUUCUUUUUUUUUCAAUUGGGGAGCCCCUUCUCCUCUCGCUUUAAUCAUUGAGUGAGAAUCUUUUAGGAUGGACAAAAAAAAACAACUCUAUUGACUUGAAGGGAUUUAUUGGUUGACUGUUUCUUUGUGUACUGUCGGGGACAAUGUUUAUUUUUCUACUAACCUGUUGAAUUCCCCUCCAGUAUAAGUCAGAAUAGCCGUCAUGGUUGUAAAGGUGUCUUGUUGCGGUCUGGUUUUGAGCACUACACCAAGAAAAAUACAACUUGUUAAGGGAUUGCAGAUGGAUAGUUUGGCAGCUCUCAAUUAUAAACAAAUCUAUCAUUGGAUUUCACUAAAGUGUCUCAUCAAAACAAGAUUGCUCAAAACUACAAACAGAAUGUCUUUACACAAUGGUAGAUAUUCAUUUAUUUAUUGAACAAUUACUCGGUGGGGAGGAAUAAUGUGACAGCGUGUACAGUCUUUAAUUCCAUGUAGUUAUCAGUCCCUCUGCGAGCAGCAUCUUUUUUUAGUUUUUCAGUUUUUUGGCACGAGGUGAAGGCUGUUGCUUUAUAUUUGUUGAUGGUGAAAACUGCGAUUCUUUUUUUUGAUUAUUAUUCGAUUAUAAAAAAGUUUGGUUGAGUUUUUAAGCAAACUUGUUGCACGGCCUUGAUGGAAAGACACUGCUUUAUUUCUCUUUUUUAUAUUUCACAAAAUCUCAAUGAAUGAAUAAACUAAAAAACUAAAUGCCAAAUAUAUUUCCGUGGAUGUUAAGGUUCUGAUCCCAUCUUUGUUAACCGACCGGUUUGGAAUUGAGUUCUUCUUUUUGUAUAAUUCUACUGCCAUCUUCCAAGAGUUACGGCACCUUGCCGCAGGCACGACGCUCAAAUGACGCUUCUUGUCCUCUGCCUUUCUCCUUCUCUCUCUUUUUAUCUCUUUGUAAUAUGUUCUGUGUAUUUGUGUCUGUCCGUCUGUCUGUCACUGUACAGUAAAUUGUCUUGUUGAAAGAAUCACUGCCCGAAGAAAAAAGAAAAAUUACAAGUUUUCACAUCAACCAAAUGGGAUUUAAGACAUGUAACAGAUAUCAUUUGGAAAUGUGUGCAAAAAAGUAACCGCUGUAAAAAAAAUCCUGCAAAAACAAUUGGACGGCUUCUGUAAAAAUCUGUGUAAAACUGGCUUAAUUUGCUUGAAGGAGGCAGAGUGACUCGUGAUACCCGUGUACCCGUGUACACUCACACCUAUGCAUGCUUGGACUGUUGUCACAGGAUGGUUCUUCCACGUGGUUCCCGCUCUCUCUCCUCUUCUGUCAACAACGCUUAUUUCUCUUCCUUUCUCCUGCACGACCGAACCUCCUUCAAACCCUCCUUCACCCGUCUCCUCUUCUUUUCCUCCGGUGGAGAACGAGCAAAUAAACAAAACAACAAAUGG